AUGGCACAAAAACACGCGAAGUGUAUACCCGUAAUACAUUGGACUCCUCUCCCUCCCCCUCCUCGUGAAGUGUGGUACAAUCCGCAGAGAGUGGGGCGGUUCUCCAGGCGGCUGGAGCUGAGAGCCGGCAGUCUAGCUGCUGGGGCUGGAGCCACCCCUCGCCCCCUCCCUUUCCUUUCGGGUGCUGCAGCCUCAGCGUUAGCGUGGAGGCGCUGGAGCUCGCGCGCCACCCCGCAGAAGGAGCUGCUGUACGAACAGCCGCCGCCGCUGAGGCGGCGUGGGCUCGCCUUGGGGCCCUCCGACCUCGGGGAGGAGGCGGGGAAUCCUUUAGAGAAGAGAAGGCGUCCUCGGAUCUGUGACAGGUGCAGAGUCCCAGCAGAGGACCCACCUGCAGCAGCAAGGGUAACAGUGAUGCCGACCAUGCGGAGAACCGUGUCCGAGAUCCGCUCCCGAGCCGAGGGAUAUGAGAAGACAGAUGAUGUUUCAGAAAAAACUUCUUUGGCUGAUCAAGAAGAAAUAAGGACUAUAUUUCUCAACCAACCUCAGCUGACCAAGUUCUGCAAUAACCAUGUCAGCACAGCUAAGUACAACAUCAUCACGUUCCUGCCGAGAUUUCUGUACUCUCAGUUCAGAAGAGCUGCAAAUUCAUUUUUUCUUUUUAUUGCAUUGCUUCAGCAAAUACCUGAUGUGUCACCAACAGGUCGCUAUACAACUCUGGUUCCUCUCUUAUUUAUUUUAGCAGUGGCAGCUAUCAAGGAGAUCAUUGAAGAUAUCAAACGGCACAAGGCUGAUAAUGCGGUGAAUAAGAAGCAGACACAAGUUUUGAGAAAUGGUGCUUGGGAAAUUGUUCACUGGGAAAAGGUAAAUGUUGGAGAUAUAGUUAUAAUAAAAGGCAAAGAGUAUAUACCUGCUGACACUGUACUUCUCUCAUCAAGUGAGCCCCAGGCCAUGUGUUACAUCGAAACAUCCAACCUGGAUGGUGAAACCAACCUGAAAAUCCGACAGGGUUUACCAGCAACAUCAGAGAUUAAGGAUAUUGACAGUUUAAUGAGAAUUUCUGGCAGAAUUGAAUGUGAGAGUCCAAACCGGCAUCUUUAUGAUUUUGUUGGAAAUAUUAGGCUUGAUGGACAUGGAACUGUUCCCCUGGGAGCUGAUCAAAUUCUUCUACGAGGAGCUCAAUUAAGAAAUACACAGUGGGUUCAUGGAAUCGUGGUCUAUACUGGACAUGAUACCAAGCUUAUGCAGAAUUCAACAAGCCCACCACUGAAACUCUCCAAUGUAGAAAGGAUUACAAACAUACAAAUUCUAAUUCUGUUUUGUAUCUUGAUUGCCAUGUCUCUCAUCUGUUCCAUUGGGUCAGCUAUUUGGAAUCGAAGGCAUUCUGGAAGGGAUUGGUAUCUCAAUCUCAAUUAUGGUGGAGCUAAUAAUUUCGGAUUGAAUUUCUUGACUUUUAUCAUCCUGUUCAACAACCUUAUUCCAAUCAGCUUGUUGGUUACUUUAGAAGUUGUUAAAUUUACCCAGGCCUACUUCAUAAAUUGGGAUCUAGAUAUGCACUAUGAACCUACAGACACUUCUGCGAUGGCUCGGACAUCCAAUCUUAAUGAAGAACUUGGCCAGGUAAAAUACAUAUUUUCUGACAAGACUGGUACCCUGACUUGCAAUGUAAUGCAGUUUAAGAAAUGUACGAUAGCUGGAAUUGCUUAUGGGCAGGGCUCACAGCCUGGAGAAGAAAAAAUAUUUAAUGAUUCAUCAUUGCUGGAAAAUCUCCAAAGCAAUCAUCCAACGGCACCGAUUAUAUGUGAAUUUCUUACAAUGAUGGCCGUCUGUCAUACAGCAGUACCAGAACGAGAAGGUGAUAAGAUUAUUUACCAAGCUGCAUCUCCAGAUGAAGGAGCCUUGGUCAGAGCUGCUAAACAGUUGAAUUUUGUUUUCACUGGAAGAACACCUGAUUCAGUUAUUAUAGAUUCUCUUGGACAAGAAGAAAGAUAUGAAUUACUCAAUGUCCUAGAGUUUACCAGCACCAGAAAAAGAAUGUCAGUGAUUGUCCGCACUCCAUCCGGGAAGUUACGGCUCUACUGCAAAGGAGCAGACACCGUAAUUUAUGACCGUCUGGCUGAAAGUUCAAAAUAUAAGGAAAUUACUUUAAAACAUUUAGAGCAGUUUGCUACAGAAGGGUUAAGGACUUUGUGUUUUGCGGUGGCUGAGAUUUCAGAAAGUGAUUUUCAAGAGUGGCGUACGGUCUACGAACGAGCUUCAAGUGCUAUACAAAACAGAUUGCUCAAACUGGAAGAGAGCUAUGAGCUCAUUGAAAAGAACCUUCAACUCCUUGGAGCCACAGCCAUUGAGGACAGACUACAAGAUCAGGUGCCUGAGACCAUUGAAACGCUAAUGAAAGCGGAUAUUAAAAUCUGGAUCCUCACUGGAGAUAAGCAAGAAACUGCCAUUAACAUUGGGCACUCUUGCAAACUCUUGAAGAAGAACAUGGGCAUGAUCGUCAUAAAUGAAGGUUCUCUUGAUGCAACAAGAGAAACUCUCAGUCAUCACUGUACUACCCUUGGUGAUGCUCUCAGGAAGGAGAAUGAUUUUGCUCUAAUAAUUGAUGGCAAAACUCUGAAGUAUGCCUUAACAUUUGGAGUGAGACAGUAUUUCCUGGACUUAGCUUUGUCCUGCAAAGCUGUUAUUUGUUGCAGGGUAUCACCUCUUCAAAAAUCUGACGUUGUAGAGAUGGUUAAAAAGCAAGUUAAAGUCAUUACACUGGCCAUUGGGGAUGGAGCAAACGAUGUUAGCAUGAUACAGACGGCACAUGUUGGUGUUGGCAUAAGUGGCAACGAAGGACUGCAAGCAGCUAAUUCUUCGGAUUACUCCAUAGCACAAUUCAAGUAUCUGAAGAACUUACUGAUGGUCCAUGGAGCCUGGAACUACAACCGAGUGUCCAAAUGUAUCCUCUAUUGCUUCUACAAAAAUAUAGUUCUCUACAUUAUUGAGAUCUGGUUUGCUUUUGUAAAUGGCUUUUCUGGACAAAUUCUCUUUGAACGCUGGUGCAUAGGACUUUACAAUGUGAUGUUUACAGCAAUGCCUCCACUCACCCUUGGAAUAUUUGAGAGAUCUUGCCGAAAGGAGAAUAUGUUGAAGUAUCCAGAAUUAUACAAAACUUCUCAGAAUGCAUUGGAUUUCAACACAAAGGUUUUCUGGGUUCAUUGUUUAAAUGGCCUCUUCCACUCAGUUAUUCUGUUUUGGUUUCCACUAAAAGCCCUCCAGUAUGGUACUGUAUUUGGAAAUGGAAAAACUUCUGAUUAUCUUCUGUUGGGAAACAUUGUUUAUACUUUUGUAGUGAUCACUGUGUGUUUGAAAGCUGGAUUGGAGACGUCGUAUUGGACUUUGUUCAGCCAUAUAGCAAUUUGGGGCAGCAUUGCACUCUGGGUGGUGUUUUUUGGAAUCUACUCAUCUCUAUGGCCUGCUGUUCCUAUGGCACCUGAUAUGUCAGGAGAGGCAGCCAUGCUCUUUAGUUCUGGAGUCUUCUGGAUGGGACUGUUAUUUAUUCCUGUGACAUCUUUGCUCCUCGACGUUGUAUACAAAGUAAUCAAGAGAGCCACUUUUAAAACGCUGGUAGAUGAAGUUCAAGAACUGGAGGCAAAAUCCCAAGAUCCAGGGGCAGUUGUACAUGGAAAAAGCCUAACGGAAAGAGCUCAACUUUUGAAGAAUGUUUUUAAGAAAAAUCACGUGAACUUAUACCGUUCUGAAUCUUUGCAACAAAACCUGCUCCAUGGGUACGCUUUCUCUCAAGAUGAAAACGGCAUCGUUUCCCAGUCCGAAGUGAUCAGGGCUUACGACACUACGAAACAAAGACCGGACGAGUGGUGAACGGAGGGGGGCUUCGCUGAAGAAGGAAGCUCGAAUUCUUACUUCCGUGAGACAACCUACUAGGUCUUUACUGGAAAUCUGCUAAAUGAUUCCAGUCCAGGAAGUUACAAGAAAAAAAAAAAAAUCCCUGCUGAUGUCAUUGCGUGAAGUUCAGAUUCCUCCGUUCUGUAGACGUGAGCACUGUGCAACUGUACGGUAACAAGAUCUCUUUCAAAAGUUUUCUAAACAAGUAUUUGCUUAAUCUUUGUAAACAGAAGUGGAAAAUGACCUUGUAUCCUGCCAGGACUGCUGACUUAAAAUGAGGUUCUUUCAGCGUCGUCCUUAACAGCGCCUCUUGGGAGAGGGGUGAUGCUGAGAUUCCCGAAUAUCCCGUGACAUUCCCCGUGAAAGGACGGCAGACCUUUACUCUCUGUGAAAUCUGUGAAAUGGCGUUCUGUCAAAGAGGGACUGGACUGUUAGUAAACAAGACUCAGAUUCAAAAUGAGCUGAAAAAACCAGCAUUUUCAAGGGGCGGACUCACGCUCCCGAGCAAAAUUUCUAAGCAAGGCAUCCGUGGUUUGUUUGUGUCAAAACCGUCCUCAUAAAUGUUUGCCAAAGAAGUUCAAUAAAUGUAUUUCUCCUUCAGUAGCCAUUUGCACAGAAACGUCAAAGGAAGCUUCUUUCUUGUCCUUUUGUCAGAACUGCAUGCUUGACUUUUUAAUCUCUUAAGAGGAUCGGUUUGCAAAAAUGAGUCCAAUUCAGGUUUCGUCUAUGGCAUUUGCUACUAAAAUCUGUAAACGUUUUUGCACCUUCAGCCUUACGAAUGCUUCUUUCUUCCUUGUCUUGUUCAUCUGUCCGUGUCGGAGAGGUGCAUUUCAAUAUGGCGACUCUCUUGGUUGUGGUGGUGAUUUUUCUAACGUUGUGUUUCUAUCUAAUUAGCCGGCUCUAGUGUAUUUCCAUCUUUUUUCUAUGAUGUUUCUGCUCUAAAUUUUGUGGCCUGACGUGGUAUUGUAAAGUCCUAAGAGGAGCACUUUUUUUUUUCCACUUGAGAAAAAUACAUUUGCAUAUUUAUAUGACUUCCAAAGUUUUCUGUCCAAAUAUUUGGAAUAUACCACACCAGAUAAAUGCAUUUGCUUUUGUAAUCAAUCUCCUUUGGUUUUGCCUUCG